CAGCUGGGGGAAGAAUCAACACACCAGGGAGCGGAGCGGUGCGGACCGAGCACCGAGGCGGCCGCUGCCUCCGCCGCCGCCGCCUCCGCCGCCGCCGCCGGGCCUCCCGCUUCGAGCCCGCGCCCCCGCCAGUGCCCGCGAGCCCCGGGCCGCGCCGCGAGCGCCUCCGGAGGGGGGGGGAAGGGCCCGGUCCUCCUUCUCCCCCUCCUCCCGCCCCACCGACCCCCGCCGCGCCCCGCCGGCCUCCCACCACGGCCUCUCUCGGCGAGGAAACUCUGGCCUCCGCUUCCUCCUCCUCCGACUCGGACGCCGGCGGAGCCUCCCCGCCCCCGCGGAAGAAGCCCCGAGCCUCGGCGGCGGAGGGAGCAGGAGAGCCCGGGGCCUCGGCCGGCCGAGCAGGCCUCCCCCCCCCGCCCUCGCCUCGCCCUCGCCGGCCGCCGCCUCCUCCUCCGUGGUGGUGGUGGUGGGACUGCCUCCGGCCGCCCCCGCCGCCCCCCAGCGGAGCAGCGGCCACAGCCUGGUCAGCGGCGGCAGCAUGCAGGCCAACGGGGCGGGAGGAGGCGGCGGCGGGGGCGGCGGGGGCCAGGGCCAGACCCCGGAGCUCGCCUGCCUGUCGGCGCAGAACGGGGAGUCGUCCCCCUCGGCGGCGUCCGCGGGGGACCUGGCCCACGCCAACGGGCUCCUGCCUGCCGCCCCCUCCGCCGCUGGCAACAAUAGCAACAGCCUGAGUGUCAAUAACGGGGUUCCCGGCGGGGCCGCCGCGGCCUCCGCCACCGCCGCCGCCGCCCUGGCCACCCCCGAGCUGGGCAGCAGCCUCAAGAAGAAGAAGCGGCUCUCGCAGUCGGAUGAGGAUGUCAUUAGGCUCAUAGGACAGCACCUCAAUGGCCUGGGGCUCAACCAGACUGUUGACCUCCUCAUGCAAGAGUCAGGAUGUCGUUUAGAACAUCCUUCUGCUACCAAAUUCCGAAAUCAUGUCAUGGAAGGAGACUGGGAUAAGGCAGAAAAUGACCUGAAUGAACUAACUUUAGUGCAUUCUCCUCAUGCUAUUGUGAGGAUGAAGUUUUUGCUGCUGCAGCAGAAGUACCUGGAAUACCUGGAGGAUGGCAAGGUCCUGGAGGCACUUCAGGUUCUCCGCUGUGAACUGACGCCACUGAAAUACAAUACAGAGCGCAUUCAUGUUCUUAGUGGGUAUCUAAUGUGUAGCCAUGCGGAAGACCUACGGGCAAAAGCUGAAUGGGAAGGCAAGGGAACAGCUUCCCGCUCCAAACUACUGGACAAGCUUCAGACCUAUUUACCACCAUCAGUGAUGCUUCCCCCACGGCGUUUACAGACUCUCCUGCGGCAGGCGGUGGAGCUGCAGAGGGACCGGUGCCUCUACCACAACACCAAACUUGACAGUAACCUAGAUUCUGUGUCUCUGCUGAUAGAUCAUGUUUGUAGUAGGAGACAGUUCCCCUGUUACACUCAGCAGAUACUUACGGAGCAUUGUAAUGAAGUGUGGUUCUGUAAAUUCUCUAAUGAUGGCACUAAGCUAGCAACAGGAUCAAAGGACACCACAGUUAUCAUAUGGCAAGUUGAUCCCGAUACACACCUGCUCAAGCUGCUUAAAACCUUAGAAGGACAUGCGUAUGGUGUUUCUUACAUUGCAUGGAGUCCAGAUGACAACUAUCUUGUUGCUUGUGGCCCAGAUGACUGCUCUGAGCUUUGGCUUUGGAAUGUACAAACGGGAGAACUAAGAACAAAAAUGAGCCAGUCUCAUGAAGACAGUUUGACCAGUGUAGCCUGGAAUCCAGAUGGGAAACGCUUCGUGACUGGAGGUCAGCGUGGGCAGUUCUAUCAGUGUGACCUGGAUGGAAAUCUUUUGGACUCCUGGGAGGGGGUGCGAGUGCAAUGCCUAUGGUGCUUGAGUGAUGGGAAGACUGUGCUGGCGUCUGACACACACCAGAGGACGGGCUACAACUUUGAGGACCUUACAGAUAGGAACAUAGUACAAGAAGAUCAUCCUAUUAUGUCAUUUACUAUUUCAAAAAAUGGCCGAUUAGCUUUGUUAAAUGUAGCAACUCAGGGAGUUCAUUUAUGGGACUUGCAAGACAGAGUUUUAGUAAGGAAAUAUCAAGGUGUCACACAAGGGUUUUAUACAAUUCAUUCAUGUUUUGGAGGCCAUAAUGAAGACUUCAUCGCUAGUGGCAGUGAAGAUCACAAGGUUUACAUCUGGCACAAACGAAGUGAACUGCCGAUUGCGGAGCUGACAGGGCACACGCGCACAGUAAAUUGUGUUAGCUGGAACCCACAGAUGCCAUCUAUGAUGGCCAGUGCCUCAGAUGAUGGCACUGUGAGAAUAUGGGGACCAGCACCUUUUAUAGACCACCAGAAUAUUGAAGAGGAAUGCAGUAGCAUGGAUAGUUGAUGGCGAAUUGGAGCAGACGACUUCUGUUUAACUUAAAAUUAGUCGUAUUUUAAUGGCUUGGGAUUUGGUGCAAACAAACAUGAUUGAUAGCUGGACAGACAUGCUCGUCAUGAAAAAAGAACCAUUUCUGAAGCCCGAUUGGGGCCAAACCUUUACACCUUGCUUCAUAGUAACCAGUUGAUGAAGCACGUCGUUAGAACGUUGUUGGACACCAUGUUGAAUAUUCCCCAUCGGUUGUGAAGAACUGUACUGCAUCCAGGCUUACCCAUUGAACUCAGUAUAUAUAUUUUUUCCCUCCUGCCUUUUGUCUGGUGGGAUACCAUACUUGUUGCUCUUCUGUGUAAUGAAGUUCAAAUGCUUGUUUGGAAACUUUAUUUAACAGUUUAGAAGGCGUGAUAGGAAGAGUUCCUUAGUCUGAAGAGUAUACAUUGGACAGGAAAGAAUUUUCCUUUUGUUUCUCCAAAUCUUUCCGCCUUAUUUAGCUUGAGAUCUUUGCAGCUUGGUUCAUGGAUCCUAGCCUUGCCCGUUGCGCAGUAUAUACUGAUCAGAUGACAAACCAGUGAACUAUGUCAAAAGCACUCUCAAUAUUACAUUUGACAAAAAGUUUUGUACUUUUCACAUAGCUUGUUGCCCCGUAAAGGGUUAACAGCACAAUUUUUUAAAAAUAAAUUAAGAAGUAUUUAUAGGAUUAAAGUGACUUCAUUUGUAUACAUUUGGAAUCUAAACCAGCUUAAAAAACAGUUUCCUCUGUGACUCAGAUAUGCAGUGUAACUGAUGCUCUUCUGGGGUACCACCUGAGACAUGGCAUGGUCAGAAACAGUGCUCAGAAGGACAUGGCACAGGAAAGCCAGAGAGAUACUCUGAAGUUCCCCCUUCUUAUUUUAUUCCCGAAGGGACAUCAGUAUCGAUGUUGAAGAAAUUCAAGAUUCAAAAGGAGAAUUUUAUAAAUACACCAACAUGAAAAAUCAGCUCUCAAUCUAGGUUUUCACAAAAGCUUGUUCCAAGUUCUUCUGGACUUGGUGUGAUCUAGUAAAGUAGAGAUCAGAAGAUAGACCCACUUGGGGAAUUUAUAGUGUCGUUGAGACUUAGAAUUCAGCAGGUUACAAACAUACGUCAACUGGGAUUCAAACCUCAGUCAUUUCUCCUAAUUGCCCUUAAUGCCCAACAUAUAGGGACACUGGAAUUUAACAAAGAUUCCUUCUCAACUUCUCAGAUGUUGCCAUACUGAACCUCAUUCAAACUGGUGCUGUGGAUAGUCUUUCCCUCUCCUCCCCCUUUUAGUUUAUGGGAUGGUUUCCUUUAUGGAAAAAGGCUCUCAUUUUGAAGACUCUACAUCUAAUGUCUGAUGUUCACGGUGUUUUUAAACCCCACAGCUGCUGGGUCUAACAGUCUCUCUUGAAAUUCCCUGUUUUUCAGUAGAGGAUGAUCAGGGUGACCACAGCUAUUGGAAAGAGAAGUGGAAUUACUCCCAAAGUAAGAUCCUGGGGAAGAAAAAAAAUCUGGUAUCAAGUUGCCCUUGAGGCCAAGCCACAUCCCCAGCAUGCUCACCACGAUCAAUCACACCCCUCAUGGCUCCGAGAGAGGAGCGAGGCCUGGAGUGUAGGGCGCAGAAGGAGGGAUAGCAGCAGGGAGGGGAAGCCAGGAGAAGGAAGAAAAAGAAGACACAUUUGGCCUUAAAGUAGAGUUCAUUCUCCCAAAGCUCCUAGUGAGGAAAUGAGAGGUUGUAGUCAGCAAUGAUUUUAUCAAAUUGGUGUGUAAAAAGAUUACAUCAAGCUUCAUUUUGCAGAGACCACCACUUUAGAAAACCAGAGAAAUCCUGUUUUGAUACUUCUAAGUUAAAAUAAUAUGUUACCGUUUAUCUGGUACUUCAUUUCUUUACUAAAUUACUUUUCACUUUAAGCUUGAAUAAAAAUUUUCAUUUGUAACUGUA